AUUCAAAUAAUGAAGAUAUUGAUAUUUCAAAUACUGAAAUUAUUGAGUUAGUAAUUAAGUCAAUUGGAAAAGGCGCAUAUAGACCAAUUAAAGAAAUAUUAGCUUAUCUGAUUCCAGUUUGGCUUGAAAAAAAAAUUAUAAAAAUAGAUCUACCUAUCAUUCAUAUAAGAAUCUCAGGCAACAGUCGUAAUGUAGGCAAAAAAGUAAAACAUGUGAUGUUUACAUUUACAAUUUUAAAUAACUUAAAAAAUAUUUUUAAACCUAAUAAUCAUCAUACUCUAAUUCUUUACCCGGGCAUUGAAAAUUACGAAAGCUUAGAAGUUGCAUUAAAUACCUUAAUCACCAACCUCAACAGUAUUAAAGAUGGUUAUAAAGAUUAA